AUGAUUGUAUCUGCUAUAUUUAUAUUACUACACAGAUAUGGUUGCCGUUCCACAUUUUUCCUACGCUGCUAUGGAAAACUGGGGCCCUCAUCAUAUACAGGCAGAGGUUUUAUGCUUUACCAAGCCCGGGUCUCCACGGUGAAGACGAUGAAAAAUGUCGCCAUUAUCACAUCGCAUGAGUUGGCUCAUCAGUGGUUUGGUAACCUGGUGACCCCAGCUUGGUGGGAUGACCUCUGGCUGAAUGAGGGGUUCGCGACCUUCUUGGAGUUCCUGGGAGUUGAUCGCGUGCAUCCGGAGUGGAACAUUCUGGACACGAUGGUGGUCGAUGACAUCAUGAAAGCAUUAGUACAGGACGGCACACCGGCUUCUGUACCAUUGUUUUCUCAUGUCGCUUCUGUCAAAGAUUUGGACAAAAUUCCUUCAACUAUAACGUACCAAAAGGGUUGUGCGAUUAUCCGAAUGGUGGACUACAUCUUAGGUCGUGAUACUUUCAAGAAGGCUUUACAUACUUACCUGAAUCAGUAUCAGUAUGGCAGUGUGACCCAUGAUGACCUCUGGGAGGUGUUGUCACAGCAAGCCAGGCGAGACGGCAAAGACCUGGACGUCAAGGGGAUCAUGGACACGUGGAUCCUACAGAUGAACUACCCAGUGGUCACCGUACAACGCAGCAGCCACACAGCCGAUCAAGUUCUGGUGUCACAGAAGAGAUACCUGGAGGAUUACACUGCCGCGGACCCUGAGAUUUUUACCUCCCCUUAUGGCUACAAGUGGACCAUCCCACUAACCUUGACUUCUAGCCGUAAUCCUUACUUUAACCAAACAGACAGAGACAUCUUGUGGCUGCAUUGGACGAGCCGUCAAAGUGAAAUCACAAUCAGGGAUCUUCCAGAACUUUCUGAUCCCAACGCCUGGAUUCUGGCCAACGUCCAGAUGUACGGGUUCUACAGAGUCAACUACGCUGCCAGCAACUGGCUGGCUCUGUGUCGACAGCUGAUGGAGGACCACCUGGUUAUCCCAGCAGUCAACAGAGCCCAAAUAAUUCACGAUGCUUGGAGCCUGGUCAAAUCCGGUGACCUUGAGAUAUCGAUAGCCCUGAAGACGAUCGAGUACCUUCAUAAAGAACGUGAGUACGCGCCAUUGUUCGUGGCUCAGAGGGAGCUUGUCUACGUCAGGAAUAUGCUCAUCUUGACCCCAGUGUUUGGGGCUUUACACGUGAGUCUAUAA